AGGUGGCAGACUCAGCUGCUUCUGGGGGGGGGGGGGGACUGGCCUCUGCCUCCUUUCAGCUCUUCCCAACUCUUUCACAGAGAAGGGACAUAGUGGGGUGUCCAGAGAGGCCUCUCCUCCAGGAUCAUAAAGGUCAAGAAUCAUGGUCAUGGCUCCUACCCCACCUCCAGUAGAAAGAGGCUUUCCCCACAGAUCCUGCCACUCCUCGGCCCCUCUCCAAGGUAUUGCUGAGCGAGGUUGCCUUUUCCACGGAAUGGUCACAGGUCCCACUGGCUGGAGGUCAAGGGUCCGGUCUCUGUCCCUUAUUCCCACCCAUGGGCAGGCUAGGGAAGAUACUAUCUCAUCCCUGGCCUUAGGGGCUGCCUCAGGAGUCUAGAUACAAACGCUUCACCUCCUCAGGAGGCUACACCUGCUGUUGGGGGGCUGUGGGGUGAAGAUGGGGCUCAGGCUCUGUCCAGAGUCUGAGUUUGAGCCUGGCGGCUGCCCCCUCAUCUCCUACAAGGUGGAGACAUCACGCACUGUCUGGGUGGAAGCUCAGCGGUCUGGCAGGGGUGGAGGCAAGGAGGAGGAAGGGCCCUCCCCAUGCCUCGAGCUCCCCACCCCCCUCCUCGGACUCCCCCUCCCUUCCCAGGCCGGGGAUAUAAGCCCCGCAGGGAAAGCGCUGAGCAGAGGAGGAGGCCACAGCCCGACCUGCAGCAGUCCAGCCCUUGGGACUCCUCUCGCCUUCCACCUGCUCAUCUCCGCUUCCAGAACUGUCGCUAUGGUGACCGUGCGCCGGCCGUGGCCCGCCGUGGCCACAGUGCUGCUGGCCCUGCUCGCCUGCCUGGGGGCGCUGGUCCACGCCUACCCCGCCAAACCCGAGGCUCCCGGCGAAGACGCGUCGCCGGAGGAGCUGAGCCGCUACUACGCGUCGCUGCGCCACUACCUCAACCUGGUCACUCGGCAGCGGUACGGGAAACGCAACAGCCCGGAAGCGGUCCUCUCGAAACUGCUCUUCCCCGACGGCGAGGACCGCCAGGUCAAGUCACGGUAA